ACGUUCUAGGUUAUGUAUCCUGAGAACUUUCCCUCUCCCUAGCCCCAGACUGUUUCUACAAAUUUCAGUGAUAAUUUACUGUAUGCAUGCUCAUGGCUCAGUUAUAUUAUUGAUGUGAGUGCCGUCUAGUGUUUCCAAAAUUUGUUCAACUCUAAGUACAAUCAUUAAUUUUCCUCAUGCUGGAUAAGCUCUCAAGCCAUCGCAGAUAGUGUAAAUGAGUCAUCCAGCCACUCCUAUCAAACACCGAUCUCAGCACAAUGGGGAUAGAUCUUUCAUCAGAUUUAUCAACAAAACAAAUGAUGAAGUUUGUGUUAUUUGGCUCGAUUUUGAUGGAAACCCAGUCCCUUUUGCUUACCUGAUCACGAAAGGGGCUUUUGUCGAUAUUGACACUUAUGAAAACCAUCCGUGGAUGUUUGAAAAUCCUAACAAUGGGGAUAGAUUUGUGGUAGAAAAGUCUGAAGUAUAUUUUCCUGUAUCAUGGAAAACAGAAUACAGGAAGAUGAAUCGUCCGCAGAGAGGUUGUUCCAGACAGCCGAUCCAGCGGAAGAACCUUCUUAUCACUUAUCCUGUCGACUCUCUCAAAGAUAGGGCUUUAAGAGUUAUUCGCAAUGUCCUGGAGAAACCUGAAGAUAGUUUUAAGUUAGAUAUUCCUCAUUCAAUUCAAGCAGAUGUUUAUAAGUUAAUGUUGAAAAAAUCAAGGAAUAGAAAUCAGGCCACUCAAGACAGUCGCUCUUGAGAGUUUUUAUUAUUAUUAUUAUUUUUUAAAUUGAAAUAGUGCGAUUUGUGGUAGUUCUGUUACAGAAUCUACAACGUAUCUAUUACAAGUACUCUACAAUGCCAAAUUGAGAUGUCCUAAUGACCCCAUAUUGUUUCAUAGAUUCCCCUCAUUUUUAGAUUUUUUAAGUAUCAAAUAGUGUAAAGUCAGGUCUGUCACCAUAUCUUAUUUUAAACAUUUGCGAUAUUUCAUUUUGAAUCGCCCAAGACUUUAAACCAUGCCUUGUUCCUGUAAGAGACUGUUUCUGAAGAAUUCAUUUUAACUAGGGUCAUUUAUCUAGAAAUUUCAAUGAUUUUCUCUUUCUCGGAAGGUGAAGGUACGGGUAUUUUAUAAGUCCCAAGGCAACUGGUUACGGGCAGCCAAGUUAGGAGUUCCUUUUCAGCUUCUAUAAAAUUUCACAGCACAACCUCUGGCAUGGAAGGCAGACCUUGGUUCUUUUUUGUACGUAUAAUUGGUCAUUUUUUUCGUCCAAUCGUUAGAAAAGAAUAGAAGAAAGUAAUUUGUUGAAAGUUUAACGGGUACUCUUGCCUCUCCUCUCUAUACAUUCAAUUGAAGAGCUUGGAGGACAAGGUGCAUGAAAGCUGUUUUUUUAAAAAAUUGAGAUGAUAUGAGUUCUAAUAAAACCAGUCUUAAAGCAUAUUCUCUGUAAAAUUCUCUCCCAAAUUCCAAUUUUUAAGCAUCAAAAAGUCAGUUUGAACUUUCUCUCCGCCAUAAGGAUCUAUUUAAUUUUGAAACUUCAAACACGCAUUUCUCAAAAUAGCAAAAACUGCACUUAUGUGCCUUGUCCUCCAAGCCCCUACAGUUUCCAAGUCUCCAAGCCCCUACCGACAGUUUCUUCUUUGAUCAUCAGGGUUAGGGAGGAACUGUUAGGGUUUAGGGUGUAUGAACACAAUUGAUCCUUUUGACUUAGAAUCAUUCCCUGAGUUUUAUUCCACUGCAGCUGUUGCUAGAGACCUUGGACCAGCAGACCAACUUUUGAAACCAGUUGAAGCUCUGUCGGCAAGAUAAGACAAUGCAAAACCCUGUAGUUCUACCAUGUAUCAUAAAUAUAUGGUUGAUGUCUUGUUGUGCUUACUCAAAUUUCAGUAAUAAAUCUGCAGCAGUUGCAACAUUUAGAGAGUUAUACAGCUUCCUCAGUAUUCGUGUGCAUUUCUUGGCGCUGAUAGCACUAAUUGAUUGUGAUCAUCAUUUUCUUAUUUUCAGAAUUGUUUUGUUAAGUUUUGUGUUGUUUUGUAAAUGAGCUUAUUAUGAAAACUUUAUGUACAAUUUUAAUACAGAGUUGAUAACUAAGAAA